UGCAUUCAAUUUGCCAGCAGCAAUCAGCAGAUUGCUUUGACAUGCAAAAACGAUUGUCGUUUGUAUCCGAACGAUUUAUGCGGCUGACUUCAUUACCAUUAUCUCGAGUGCUACUUAACGAGAAAAAAAAAUUGAUGUUGUGCCAAUCGGUGGCGGUCCGCAUAGAUGUUGUGAUUUUAUUUGCAAGCGUAAUUUUGAGUGUAAUGACAAACAGAGAGAAGGAGAGAGAGUGCAAGAGAAAGAAGAGUGAAAGAGAGAGAGACAGCGAGAAAGCUAGAGAGAGAGAGAGAGAGUGUUAGAAGAGAGCUGCUCAGACAAUCGUUUUUUCUCUGUGUAUUCUAGUAAAACCAUAUCAUAACCCAGACUGUAGAUUAUUCUAGAGAUUAUUGGUGACACAAACUAAAAAUCCAUCGCAACACACCAACGGCAAUGAAUAAAGAAGAAUAUUGUAUCAAAAAGUCAAUUGAAAACACAAGCAAACGAUGAUGAAAAGCCAUUCGUUUAGUCAUAAUGUUCUGUCAUUGUGUUUGUGACAUAGCACCGAGGGAAACGCACUCUCACCGACUCCAUUAUCAACGGUGAAAGAUAAAUUUGACGAGAAAAAAAACUGAUUUAAAAACCGUCGUCUGUGUGCGGUGCGAUGAAUAAUGAGUUGCGAGCAAGGAAAUUGCCGUUCAGUUCAGUUUGAGCACACGACAAGCGUUACUGUGAUCUUGUUGUUGCACGCAUUUUUUUCUCUCUUUCACCCAGUGUAUUUAUUUAGUGAUUAAAUAAAGUUUGUGUUCCAAUAAAAUGUGACACAAUUGAUUAUACUCGCAUUUGUUUGAAAAUUGAAAAUUCUCGUUUGUUCAAAAGUUUAUAGUGCACAACGUUGCUCAACGGCAGCGAGUGAAUCGGGUUGUGUUUGUAAUUUGUUCGUAGAAAUCCAUUCAAUUUUAAUAAACUGUCAUCGCCGAAUGAAAGAAAUUUUCGACGAAGCGAAAACUUUAUGAGGCUUAAAAGAAACAAGCUAGUGAUUGCAUUAAUUAGAGUAUAAUUUGGAAUUAAAAUUAUUACUUAAAAGUCGACGAGGAAAUCCCAAAAAAGGCAACACAUAAAAAUGGCUACUGAAAGUGCCGCUUCGCCCAUUAUAUUCUCUUAUGACAAUAAAUCGUACGGCGCAACGACACCAAGUGAUUCGCCAACCAUAGUUUAUUGUUUGCACGGUCGUUUAUCAAAGAAUUGCUGCAAUGAACAAAUACUGGAGCUCACUCAGAUCGAAAAGCAUUGUCACACCGAUAUCGAGCGCAGCGAAGGUAUGGAUGUGCAUGCCCGAAAGAAGCUCAUUAUAGCCAGUAUUUUGUGUUUGGUAUUUAUGAUGCUAGAAGUUGUUGGUGGCAUUUAUUCCAAUUCGCUGGCCAUCGCAACCGAUGCUGCUCAUUUACUUACAGAUUUUGCCAGUUUUAUGAUAUCAUUAUUUGCCAUUUGGUUUGCUGGCCGACCAUCAACACGCAAGAUGAGUUUUGGAUGGUAUCGUGCUGAGGUGCUCGGUGCGAUUGUGUCAGUCUUAAUGAUUUGGGUUAUAACAGCCAUUCUGGUUUAUUGGGCAAUUUUGCGAUGUAUCACGCGUGAUUUUGAGGUUGACGCACCGAUUAUGCUGAUAACGUCAGCCGUUGCGAUUUUCGUGAAUAUUGUCAUGGGAUGGCAGCUACAUGGAACGCAUGGACAUUCACAUGGAGGCGGUAGCGGUGGCGGACAUGGUCAUACGGAAAAUAUUAAUGUGCGUGCUGCUUUUAUACAUGUGCUGGGUGAUGUUCUACAAAGUAUUGGUGUUUUUUUUGCGGCCAUUAUCAUUUAUUUCAAGCCAACAUGGCAACUCGCCGAUCCAAUUUGCACAUUUAUCUUCUCAGUAAUUGUACUCUGGACAACGAUAACCAUAUUGAAGGAUGCGAUACUGGUACUCAUGGAGGCAACGCCUACAUUUUUAGAUUACACUGAUAUAAUGGGGAUCUUUAUGCAAGUCAACGGAGUAGUUCGUGUACAUAAUUUACGAUUAUGGAGUUUGAGCAUCAACAAAAAUGCACUAUCAGCUCACUUAGCAAUCGCUCCAGAAGCCGAUCCGGAAGAUGUUUUGAAGAGAGCCAAUGCGGCCAUCCAGAAGAAAUACGAAUUUUUCGAAACAACGCUACAAAUUGAACGCUUCCAGCAGGAUAUGGACGAUUGCAAACAAUGCGUUGGCCCACUAAAAUAAUCCGAACCAAAGAAAAUGCAUCGCUCGCUCGCUCGCAACCCGUAAUUCGUUCCAAGAAUGCCAUUCCAUGGACUUGAGUCGAUAAAGCACUCUUCUUAUGAAUAAAAUACAGCGUUAUGGCUAUUUAUACACGUAUAAGAACAUUGUAAUUGUUUGCAUGGAACCUAUAUAUACAAUAUACAUUUUUUCAAAGCAAAUAAAAAACAUGUUUGUCCCAGAA